AUGGAACUUUUUAUUCCAUCCUCUGUAGUGCCCAUUGGAGGAAGAUCCCAGCCAUGGUUUGGUCGCUCCUGUAAAAUAGCAUCACGCUGUAAGCAGGAGUGCUACCGGACCUGGGCUGACACAUCAACGUCCAGGGAUGUAAACACCAGCGCUUUUAAAAAGAAGUAUAACUCCGCCUCCAGGUCCUUUAAAAUUGUCAUAGCCAAGGCAAAAUCAGAGCACAUCGGCAGAAUUGACGAGAAACUAGUUCGCCUCCCUUCGGAAACACGUGCAUUCUGGUCUCUUGUCAAGGCUAUCCAAGGGAACUUCUGUCAGCCAUCUCUGCCAUCUCUGCACAGAGUGGAUGACUCACUGGCCCAUGACGCAAAGGAGAAAGCCGAUCUGCUAGGCUCUCUUUUUGCUCCUAACUCGACUCUAGAUGACUGGGGGAACACACCGCCGACAAUCGCGUGGUGUGAGUGCUCCAUGCGGGAAGUGCUGUUUACACAGCACUCGGUGCGUAAAGCACUCCUCUCCCUGGACGUCAACAAAUCGAGUGGGCCUGAUGUAGUCCCACAUAUUGUGCUGAAAACGUGUGCUCCGGAGUUGGCACCGGUUUUAACGCGUCUUUUUCGGUACUCCUACUCCCUAGGCGUAGUCCCGAAAUCAUGGAAGACAGCUUUGGUGCACCCGAUCCCUAAAAAAGGCGACAGCUCAGAUCCGUCCAACUACAGGCCUAUCGCUAUCACCUCCUUUUUCUCCAAAGUAAUGGAAACCAUUAUUAACAGCCAGCUCAUGCGGUACCUUGAGGAUCACCAGCUGAUUAGUCACCGCCAGUACGGUUUCUGUCGAGGUCGCUCUGCUGGUGUCCUUCUAGGUUACCUAACUCAUAGAUGGGCGGAGGCAAUUGAGUCCGAGGGGAAGGCAUUGAACGUUCGUUUGGACAUUUUGGCGAAGGCUUGCGAUCGGGUUUGGCACAAAGCGCUUCUUUCAAAGCUGCCUUCCUAUGAGCUUCCCGAGAAAUUGUGCAAUUGGAUCACCAGUUUUCUUGCAGAUCGGAGCAUCAAGGUCGUAGUAGACGGUGCAUGCUCCGAUUACAAGCCCAUUAACGCUGGUGUUCCACACACAGGUUGCGUGCUAUCACUAUCGCUGUUUCUUCUGUAUAUCAAUGAUAUAUUGCAAACCAGUAACAUUCAUUGCUAUGCAGACGACAGCACUGUUUGUAUAAAAAGGCUUAUUAUAAUAUUAAUAAAUUCAUGGAUGAUAAAUAAUCCCUGGGAAUGA